CUCGCUAGGAAGUUAGUAGAGCUUGAGGUGCCUCGUGAGCGGGUCCAGCACGCGGACGGGCGCGGGCCCGACGGCGAGCACGGUCCGCGAUCCGGGCGCGACCUGCGUCCGGCCCGCGUCCUCGACGAGGUACGACACGACGCCCGCCGCCGCGAGCCGCGCGCGCAGCUCGAGCAGCUCCGCCUCGGCGGGCACCUUGACGCAGACCUUGGCCUGGCCCGUCGCGGCCCACCAGCGGAGCGCCGCCGGCGCCCGGCGCUGCGCGCGCCGGUAGCAGCCCAGCACCGCGUGGCAGCACUGCGCCGCGGCCUUGCCGGGCUUCAUCUUCGUCCGGUUGCCGGCCUCGUCGCGCAGGUCGCAGUUGAUGCAGAGCAGCAUCUUGUACGGCGCGUCGCGCAGGCCCCAGCGGGCCCCCGCCACGAGCGGCGCGCCCUCCUCGUCGUCCGACGCGUCGUCGUCCGAGUCGAGCGCCUUCGGGACGCGCCGCGCGGCGCGCUGGCAGACCAGGACGGCCGCGACGCCGGCGGCGAAGCCGACGGCCGCGACGCCGCCGAGGAGGCCCGCGAAGUAGCCGAAGCCGAGCUUCUCGCCCGCCGGCUGGGCCAUGGCUCCUACGGUGCCUCGCAAAUCAACGAGCUCGCACAGUUAUUAACGAUGGGUACAGCGAUGGCCUGCCAGUAGCCAGCGCAGAAAUGCCGAAUGGGUCAAGGUAUUUGCAGGUCUCAAUUUCUUACCUCCUGCAUGCCAAGGCGGCGCCCAAAAGUGCCACGUGCCUUGUUGCCGAGGAUCCCUUGCUUGACAACUACAAAAGUGCCAGGGCUCGUCUGGCUAGUGUCUCACACCGCUAGCCCGGACAGUGUGGCUCUGCUUAGAGGGAGGUACGCUGUUAUGAAAGAAGCGGCCCGCGCCCGCCGCCGAUGAAUCGGCGACGCGCGGUGUCUCCCCCCCAGCCCUGGGCAGGGGCUCCGCCCACUAGUCCUAGCACCGUAACAAUGGAGUUCCGGGCAUCCGCCACUAGUGCACCGUAACAAUAGAAUGGUGAUUGCAGCGCUCGAC